GAAGAAGAAAUGACAUUUGACAAUUGACAUUGACAUUUAUUCAUUGUCAGCACCUAAAUUUUCUCGUUUCUACGAGAAUAUAAAAUUUUCUUUUAAAACAAGGUAAAUGGUGCUAUAAAUUACGUUCUCAUAUUAGUUUAAUUGAUUAAAACAAAAAUGUCUGGGUCAGCCCAUAGGCACCGGUAUAAAAAUGCUGCAUUAGAUAGUGUAGAAUUAAGGAGGCGUAGAGAAGAAGAAGGUGUACAGUUAAGAAAAGCUAAAAGAGACCAACAGUUGAAUAAAAGACGAAAUGUAAAUGUCAAUCAGUUAUUACCUGAAGAUGAUCCUCUUUCAUUUGAUCCAGAUAGCACAUCUCCUGUUUCAACAUGGAUCACUCCAGAUAUGAUAAAAAAUUUAUACAGCACAGAUCCGGAACUGCAGUUGGAAGCUACUCAGAAGUUUAGAAAACUGCUCAGCAGGGAACCCAAUCCCCCGAUUGAUGAAGUCAUACAGACAGGAAUUGUACCAAGAUUUGUUGAAUUCUUGCAGAAUUCAUCUAACUGUACACUUCAGUUUGAAGCAUCAUGGGCAUUAACCAACAUAGCAUCAGGAACUUCUCAACAAACACGAAUGGUCAUUGAAACAGGGGCUGUACCUAUAUUUAUAUCGCUUUUAGGAAGUUCAUAUGAAGAUGUCCAGGAACAAGCAGUUUGGGCAUUAGGAAAUAUUGCGGGAGAUUCUCCAGAAUGUCGUGAUACUGUUACUGAAGCAGGAAUCUUAGUACCACUUUUACAAAUACUUAGCAAACCAAUUCGCUUAACAAUGACAAGAAAUGCAGUGUGGGCUCUUUCCAAUCUGUGUAGAGGCAAGAAUCCACCUCCAGAUUUCUCCAAACUUGCGCCUUGUUUACCAAUUUUGUCUAGAUUACUAUUUCAUACAGACCCUGACGUGCUGGCGGAUACAUGCUGGUCUUUGAGUUAUUUAUCUGACGGGCCUAACGAGAAAAUACAGGCGGUGGUAGAUGCAGGAGUUUGCAGACGCUUAGUCGAGCUACUGAUGGCACAACCACCAAACGUAGUGUCUGCUGCGCUUAGAGCUGUUGGCAAUAUUGUCACAGGGGACGACGUACAGACGCAAGUUAUUCUUAAUUGUUCUGCGUUACCAUGUUUACAUCACUUGCUUUCUUCGUCUAAGGAAUCUAUUAGAAAGGAAGCUUGUUGGACUAUUAGUAACAUAACGGCUGGCAAUAGGACACAAAUACAGGCUGUAAUAGACGCCAACAUCUUCCCUCUCCUCAUCGAAAUUUUGAGCAAAUCAGAAUUCAAAACGAAAAAAGAAGCAGCGUGGGCUAUCACCAACGCCACUAGCGGCGGCGCUCCGGAUCAAGUUCGUUACCUCGUGAGUCAAAAUUGCAUCGGACCAAUGUGCGAUUUGUUAACGGUGAUGGACGCGAAGAUCGUUAUAGUAGCUCUCAGUGGAUUAGAGAAUAUUUUGAAGUUGGGCGAGGAGGAUGCUAAGUUACAGAACGGCACUAACCCGUACGCAGUUCUAAUAGAAGAAUGCUACGGUCUAGACAAGAUAGAAUUCCUUCAGUCGCACGAAAACAUGGAGAUUUACCAGAAAGCAUUUGACAUUAUCGAACAUUUCUUCGGCACAGAAGAAGAGGAUUCAAACAUAGCUCCAUCGAUAGAUACCGAUCAUCAACAAUAUCAGUUCAGUUCAGAUCAAUCACUACCAAUGGGGGGUUUUCAGUUUUGAAGAAGUUAGAUUCAUUUUAUAAAAGUGCCCAUAUUAUUACAGUUUCAAACAAAAAAGGAAAUUUUUAUUGAUGCAAGAAUCAUUCAGAAGAAAACAGGAACUGAGUUUUCUUAUGUAUGUAUGAGUGACGGUCUUAGGACAAAUAAUCCCGGACGAAAAAUCCCCAAAAAUUAUUCCUGGACAAAAAAUCCCCGGACCCCCACAAAAAAUUCUGGUCAAAUAAUUCCCACAAAUUUUUUUGGACAAAAUAUCCCUACAAAAAAUUCCGAACAAAAAAUCCCCAAGAAAUAUUUGCUGCCGAAUAGUUCUCAAAAGUUUUCCCGUGAAUGCAAUCGACGCAAAUGGUUUUCAGCUUCAGUGCAUGAUAGUCCAGGGUAAUAAGGUUUUUUCCAUGACACUUAAACAGCCAGGGUACUGAAGCGUUUUUUCGACAGGUAAUACCUAUAAGAACAAAUUGUAACUAUUUCCUGCGUAAGAUCUGGCGGUCAUUUUUAUUUAUAAACAAUUUAGUGUCAAAAAACGGCAUUUUUCACUUUUUUUUUUUCAAAUCAAUGGAAAACAGGGAAAUUUAUGGUUUUUUAGUACAAAUAUCUUCGAGAAUAUGGAAAAAGCUGUAAAAUGACGUAUUACAAAGUUUGAUAUACUCAUUUAUUGUUAAUAUAAUUGCGAAAAAAGGUCGGAAUUGCAAAAAAAAUUAUUUUCUCAAUAACUGUUGUAAAAAUUAGUGUACAGCUUUGAAAUUUUUGUCAAAUAAGGGUUCUUUGGUGCUUAAUAUGUGAUAAAAAUUUCAAAGCGAUUCAUUCAAUUGUUUCAAUUUUAUUCAAAUUGUUUAUCCCAGAGAGCAUUUUUUUGCAAUAACAUAAGUCAGAAAAAAAUGACGUUAGAACCAUUCAACAGGUGUCAAAUUAAAGAGCAUGAGCUAUAUUUUCAACUUGCUUUAAAAAAGUGAAUAAAAAAAUGCAUGUAUUAGUAAUAAAUAAUUAUGCAAAAGUAUCGUAAAUAUUUCCUUAUAAACUUUUUAUUUUGUUAUAUAAGAAAUUAUACAUAUUUGUUACAAUUUUUUAUCAAAUAUGAUAUAAAUAACAUUACUUGGUAGUUGUGCACUUAAAACAGGGUAAAAAAGUUAAUUUUUUUGGAAAAAGUUAUUCAAAAAGUUUAUAAAGAAAAAUUGACGAUACUUUUGCAUAAUUAUUUAUUACUAGUAAAUGCAUUUUUUAUUCACUUUUUUAAACCAUGUUGAAAAUGUAGCUCAUGCUCUUUCAUUUGACACCUGCGGAAUGGUUCUAACGUUAUUUUUUUCUGACUUAUGUUAUUGCAAAAAAAAUGCUCUCUGGGAUAAACAAUUUGAAUAAAACUUAAACAAUUGAAUGAAUCGCUUUGAAGUUUUUAGCACAUAUUAAGCACCAAAGAACCCGCAUUUGACAAAAAUUUCAAAGCUUUACACUAAUUUUUACAACAGUUAUUGAGAAAAUAAUUUUUUUUGCAAUUCCGACCUUUUUUCGCAAUUAUAUUAACAAUAAAUGAGUAUAUCAAACUUUAUAAUAGGUAAUUUUAAAGCUUUUUUCAUAAUCUCGAAGAUAUUUGUACUAAAAAAAAUCAUAAGGUUCACUGUUUUCCGUUGAUUUGAAAAAAGGGGAAAACGCCAUUUUUUUGACAGUUAAUUGUUUAUAAAUAAAAAUGGCCUCCAGAUCCUACGCGGGAAAUAGUUAUAAUUUGUUCCUGUAGGUAUUACCUGUCGAAAAAACGCUUCAGUACCCUGGCUGCUGAAGUGUCACGAACAGGGUAUAUUUUUGUCUUUAUUACCCUGUCCUAUGAGAGUAUAACAAUCGCCAUGAAACCGCUUUUCGGCACGAAAAUAUUUUUUAUUUGUUGCGCCUUAUAAGUAUUUGUUAUCAGUAUAAGAUUUUGUAUGUAUCAAAAUAAUUGAAAUUAUUUUCGAAAUUUCAUCACAUUAAUUUCAAUUCCAAUGCUAGAAACACGCAUUGCGAGGAAAGUUAUACGUAUGUUUUCGAUUAUUUUGACCUUUUUUUUGGCGCUUUUGGGAACAAAUUUACGGGCAUUAUUAUUAGAAAACUUAAUUGAGGAUCUGUGUGCAUCCAUGAAAAAUUUUUGCGCUGUUACGAAUGUGUAGCAUUGUUAUGAAAACGCAGACCACAGGUCAUUGACAUAGCUUUUUAAGCAUGUUUUUGAAAUGUUGCUUGCAUUGAAUUGAAACUGAUGACUAAAUAUUUUUGACGUAUAAUUUACAAAAAGGGAAGGUUUUUUUUGUACUACAAUCAAAAUUAUCGUUUUCAGGGCCAGAGUUAUCACGAAUAGGCAAUAUUUUGAACAGGGUUAUUCAAAACAGCAAAUUGUUGUUAUUAAUAAAUUAAUUAAAAUCGAUAUUACUAAUAAUAUGCAAUCUUAAGAUUUGAUUCCAGCUAAAAUAACUGCUAAAGAAAUUUUUUCAAAAAUGGCCUUUUUUUUCUAUAAUUUGUUCAAACUAUAUAAGCGUUGAUUGAUAAAUAUACAAGUAUACUGGUAUAUAUGUAUCAAUAAACGCUAUAUCAUAUAUCAUUAUAUUUUAAACGUUCUUAAGCAAUCUUCUUCUUGUACAUUAUACCAUUGAUUGCAAUUGUAUAAGAAAUAAACAAAAAAACACCGGCAACACCGUGACUGGCAAACAAAAUACAUUCAAAUGCCAAAUAAAUUAAGGUUAAAUAUACAAUUAUCUAAAUAAAUAACACCACAUACUAAAAAAUGAAGCAACUACAAAAAAGCUAAUAAAUAACAAAACGCUAUAAAUAAUUAUAAAUAAGUAGUAAUAAAUUAUUUUUAGUAGAUAUAAAAUAUAAACGCCACAACAAAAUAAAAUGCGCUUGCGUCAAGCACAAUUUCGAUAUCGAAAACUCAUUUCGACAGGGUAAAUGCUGUCGAAGUUAUUUCUAUUCACUGUUCUGAUUGAAGAGAUUCCAAAAUAGUUAUGGAAUAACGAUUUGGACUAUUUAUAUUCGACUUGGCCACUUCUAUUCGAUUUUCCUUACUUGUAUCUUCGAAAUGAGUUUCAGAAUAGGCAUGGCUGUCAUAUUUCACCGCUAAACACGCUGCACAGUGUUUUGAUUAGAACAAGAUAGGUGGACAAAAUUAUUUUUCAUCACAUUUACAUUUGUAUCCAGCAAUAAUAUAAUUUGAUAAUAAAAUAAAUAAUUUUAUUAGUUAAAAACUGAUUCAGAGAAGUCUAGAAGCCUAGAAAAUAAAUAAAAAAAAUUAAAAACAAAGGUUUUUCUAUAUUUAAUACAUUAUAAAUACAAAUACAUGUUCGUCUGAUUUUGAAGUAGACUUGACAGAGGUUAAGACUACUGUAGGAGCUAUAAUAACUUUAAAACCUCUGGGUACAAUUGACCAGCUUUUUUGUUUAGAAUUUCUCUGAGGCUAUUUAUCAGUGGAUCAGAUGUUAUGAUCAACAUUAAAAGUAAAUCUGUAGUCGUGGCAAUACGUGAACAAUUUUUGGUGUAUUGCUCCCGGAACUUGCGGCAAUCUUUGUUUCUUGCUUCUUCAGCUUCUUUUGAAAGCGGUCCAAGUGGAAAUAAUUUGUGAUUUGCUGAUUUGAUUACUUCCAUACUAUGUAUAAGUAUUUUAUGUACAGUGGCUUUCAGUACCACGAAAUGGCUCUUAUGGCUAGGAAAAAGUUCUCUGCAUUCAAGACAGAAAUUUUCAAAUUCUUAAAAAAAAUGUUGUGCCCGAGUGUGUUGGUCAUAAUAAGUCUUAUUAUCGGUGGAAAAGGUGCAGAUAUUACAUAUAGCAAAUUUAGCACUGGUACAAAAGGGUACAAGUCAUAGUAUGGUAUAGUUAGACCCAAACCCAGACAUCCAAAGUGAAAGUUAUCCUCUAACACCAAAUUGUUCUAUAUGGUCCACAUAAUGUUCAGAAAAAAGUCACACCAUUUUGAGCGUCGGGUUUGGGGGGGAGAGGGGGGAGAAAUCUGCAAAUUCGUAGUUUUUUAAGUUUUUCGUCAAUAUUUCUAAAACUAAGCGGUUUAGCAUGAACAACCGUCUACACAAAAUUGUUCUACAUUAAAUUUGAAAUAAAAAAGGCCCUAUGCAUAACCCUUCUAAAAUUAACGGUUCCAAAGUUACGGAGGUAGUAUAGUAUAAUUUUUCCAAAAAAAGGCCUAAUCCAGACAUCCAAAGUAAAAGUUUUCCUUCAACACCAAAUUGUUCUAUAUGGUCCACAUAUUGUUCAGUAAAAAGUUACACCAUUUUGAUCGUCCGGUUUGGGGGGGAGAUGGGGGAGAAGUCGGUAAAUUAGUAGUUUUUUUAAGUUUUUCGUCAAUAUUUCUAAAACUAUGCUUUAGCGUAAGGAAUGUUCUAUAGAAAAAUGUUCUACAUAAAAUUUAAAACAAAAAAGGUUCUAUACAUAAUUGUUAUAAAAUCAACGGUUCCAGAGUUACGGAGGGUGAAAAGUGGAGGUUUUCGAUACUUUUUAUAUUUACCGAUUUCUCCCCCCUCUCCCCCCCAAAUCCGAUGCUCAAAAUGGUGUGACUUUUUUCUGAACAUUAUAUGGACCAUAUAGAACUGGUGUUGGAGGAUAACUUUCACUAUGGAUGUCUGGGUUUUUGGUAUAGUUAUAUCAUAAAUAUUGCCCAAAAAAUAUAAAAAGUAUUGAAAACCUUUCUUUUCACCCUCCGUAACUCUGGAACCGUUGAUUUUAUAACAAUUAUGUAUAGAACAUUUUUUUUUUAAUUUCAUGUAGAAAAUUUUUUUAUAUAACAUUGUUUAUGCUAAAGCAUAGUUUUAGAAAUAUUGACGAAAAACUUAAAAAAACUACUAAUUUACCGGCUUUUCUCCCAUCUCCCUCCCAAACCGGACGCUCAAAAUGGUGUAACUUUUUACUGAACAAUAUGUGGACCAUAUAGAACAUUUUGGUGUUGGAGGAAAACUUUUAUUUUGGAUGUUUGGGUUAGGCCUUUUUUUGGACCAGUUAUACUAUACUACCUCCGUAACUUUGGAACCAUUCAUUUUAGAAAGAUUAUGCAUAGGGCCGUUUUUAUUUCAAAUUUAAUGUAGAACAAUUUUGUAUAGAGGAUUCUUCAUGCUAAACCGCAUAGUUUUAGAAAUAUUGGCGAAAAACUUAAAAAACUACGAAUUUACCGAUUUCUCCCCCCUCUCCCCCCAAACCCGACGCUCAAAAUGGUGUGACUUUUUUCUGGACAUUGUGUGGACCAUAUAGAACAAUUUGGUGUUGAAGGAUAACUUUCACUUUGGAUGUCUGGGUUAUGCCAUCUUUUGGAUCAACUAUACUAUACUAUCAUUGCAAUCAUUUGAAAGUUUCAAAACGAAGAAGAUUCCUUCGUUUAUCAUACAAAGUUUUUUUUUAAUAUUGCUUGUGUAUCAGAUAGAUUUUUAACGGAACUAAACUGAUUUAUUCUAUUACAAUAAAAAUGCGUACCUACCUUUGGACGCUAUUACUAAAAAAAAUGAUGUGCAAGCGUGUGCAUGUUAUCAUCAUCAUCAUCUUGGUGCUACAGCCCUUAGAGGGCCUCGACCUUCUCAAUCUUUUUACACCAUUCUGUUCUGUCCCUUGCUUGCAUUUUCCAGUUGCCGACUCCGAUCUUCUCGGCAUCCUGUGUUACCCCGUCCAUCUACCUCAGCUUUGGUCUACUCCGUCUUCUCAUUCCCACGGGUUGUGCUGUUAGAAUCUUUUUUAUCAUGUUCGAUUCAGGGGCCCGGGCUACAUGUCUUGCCCACUGCAGGCGGUUUCGCUUAAUUAUAGUGAUAAUAUAUUUUCCACCAAACGUAUGCUUGUAGAUAUUCUGCAGUUCAAAGUUAUAUCUACGCCUCCAUAUUCCGUUCUCACAGACCGCUCCGAAUAUCUUACGUAUCACCUUUCUUUCAAAAAUCGACAGAGAGGAUUCAUCUGUUUUAGUUAGCCUCCAUUCCUCUGAUCCAUAUGUGAGAACGGGGACUAUCAAUGUUCUAUACAGCCUUAUACGAGUUUUUUGAGACAGACGUUUGUUAGCUAAGUACUUUGAUAGACUAUGAUAACACCUGUUUGCAAUUAUUAUUCGUCUUCGUAUUUCCUCUGAUGUGUUAUUAUUGGGGUUAAGCGAUGUCCCUAGAGAUAUGAACUCUUUGACCGCUUCGAAUUUUUGGUCAUUGAUGAUUAGAUCUGCGUCAACAUUUCCAGCUCUUGUGUUUGUGUUAGCUCGGUUAGGAUUUCCGCAGUUCUUGUUAUUAUAAUAAGUAUUAUUAUAACAGCUAUGACAUAUAGAAAAUUUAUCCCGGGUACAAAACGAUACAAGUAAUUGCCACCCUUCCAAAGUUUCAAAACGAAGAAAAUUUCCUUUGCUCAUCAUAAAAACUUUUUAAUAUUUGAUUAUCAGAUAGAUUUAUUGGAUUAGAAAAAAUAAGCACUUACUAGCAUAACUAUUAUCCAUCUUCAACAGUUGAUCUUUAAAAAUUAAGGAAAACUUUAAUUUCGUGUGAUUUAAAUGAUGUACGAAUUUCAACUGAUAUAUUCUAUUACAAUGAGAAUACAUACUUUUGGGCUCUAUUACUCAGCGAUGGGAUGUGUUAGACAUAAACAAAUUCUUUUAGUUUUGAAUAUGACUUUUGUUCACCUAGCUAGCCUUAUUGACACACUGUGCGCUGGCAUCGUUUCAGGGUACCGGGUACCUCCACCAUGGUCACUCACAAAGCGAAUACUCUCAUGCACUGAGGCUGAAAACCAUUUGCGUCGAUUGCGUUCACUAGAGAACUUUUGAGAAUUAUUCGGCAGCAAAUAUUUCUUGUGGAUGUUUUGUCCGGAAUUUUUUGGGGGGAUUUUUUGUUCGGGGAUUAUUUGUGAAGAUUUUUAUCCAGGAAUAAUUUGGGGGGAUUAUUUGUCCAGGAAUUAUUUGUCUGAAUCCUGAAUGACGAGAAGUGCUGUGAAUCGGUAUCAAAAUUUUUUAAAAUUAAUUAAAAGCAAGAGCUGUUGAACUCUUCGCUGUUAAGCAUAAACUAUAAGAAAAAGCUUAUUCUUUAUAAUUUUUCUAUAUUAUUGAGUGUUCGUGAUGAUGGUCUGGUAAUGUUGAGAGGUACUAGUCGAAGGGUCCCUUUAGAAUUAAUUUAAUUUGUAAAGAUUUGCUUUUGAUUAGAACAAUUAGACCAGUUCCUGUAUAAUUUAAAUUAGUUAUUUGAAAAUACAUGUUGUGUUUUAAAUUUUA